AUGAUUAUAAAGUUUACCCUUAAAGACACAAAACAAAUCGCAUUAUCUAGACAUAGAGAUUGUCUUUCAGCUGAGCAUAAAAAUAUAGGUGAACUGCUUAUCUGGAGAUAUCAAUCUAAUCAUCAAUGGCAAAAUUCACUAAUCAUAUUAAAAUAG